CCGUCCCUUUCAGUUUUUUCAUCUACUUUCACUCUGAAAGCACUCUGCGACGCUGCUCGACGAUUCUUCUCCCGGAGCCAGAAGGAAUGUGGAUUGUGGACCUCUAUGUUCCUGAUCGUGACGUCCUGAGGACUCGCCGGCUGACAGGAAACCGCCGUCUGCAGGUCUCAGCCGACACUUGACCUCACAGGAGUCCAGAGAGGAAGGAUGAAUCCAGCGGACAACCUGGAAGUAUAGCGACUUAAAGGAGGGGGAUUUUGUUAAAUUGCUCCUUUUGGUUAAUAAUAUAAAGCUCAUAUUUGAAACCUAAUUUCUAUGAGUCAUUUAUGGUUUAAAUGUUUUUAAUGUAUCAGCUUUUUAACAAAUAUGUCCUGGUAGUAAUAAUUAAUGGUAAUUAUUAACAUCUUCAGCAUGAAAUGCUGGGAAAUCUGUGGAUAGUUAUUUAUGAGCGCCCCUUCAUUGACUUGCAGGGAGAGUAAUUAUUCCCACAUGUGUUAUCAGCUCUUUUAUGACAGGGUAAGUGCACUGACCCAACAAACUCUCUGAGUGGGAACGGUAGCAGAAUGAGUCUGAACUCUUCCAGCGCCGACGGUCUGCUGGGGAACGCCAGCAGCUCUGGACUCGCCAACGUUGAGCAGAUCCUUGUGCCGGUCCUGAACUCGCUGAUCGUGGUGCUGGGCACCGCCGGACACUCGGUGGUGAUUGUGAUUCUGUGUGGACGUCAGAGGAGGCGUUUGGCAGUUGUGGGGCAGUCGCCCCAAACCCAGGCGGGGGGGAUCGGCACGGACGUGCUCCUGUUGGCGCUGAGUGCUGCCGACCUGCUCCUGCUCUCCACCAUUCCCUUCCACACGGUGGGCAUAGCUCUGCAGCGGUGGCCGUUUGGGAACGUCAUGUGUCUUCUGGUGGGGUUCCUGGGAUCGGCGUGCUCGUCGGCCAGCGUUUUCACUCUGGCAAUGCUCGCCGUUUCCCGCUAUCUGACUGUGGUACACCCGGCCAGAGCUUACAGCCUGCUCACCCCUCGCAGGGUGUCCGCGGCUGCCGUGCUGCUCUGGGUUCCAGCUUGCUGCCUUGGCGUCCCCCAGCUGGUUUUCCGCUCGGUGGGUAACCCCAGAAAAACCCCGGUCGGCCUCGCCUGCUUCGCCUUUCUGUCUCACCGCGACCAGCUCAUCUAUGGACUCUUCCACUUCGUCAUGGCGUUCCUGCUUCCCCUGUUCACCAUUGCUGUGGCGUACAGCAGCAUCUACGUGUUCCUGUACCGGAGCCAGCACGCCGGCAGGGCCCCCCAGGUGGAGCGCUACCAGAGAAAAGUGACAAAGACGACGGCCAUGCUGGUGCUGGCGUUCACUCUGUGCUGGCUGCCGUCUUACGGCCUGACGCUGGCCCUGCUGGCAGAGAAAAACUCGGGGGCUACUGGAACCACGCCCCGUUACGGGCCCUUCACCGUCUUCGCAAGUCUCAUGGCGACUUCCUCCACGGUAAUGAACCCCAUCCUGUAUGUGCUGAUGUCCCAAAAGUUCAGACAGGAUCUGCUGAGGCUGUUCAAGAGACGAGAGAAGAGGGCAAACGCCGCCAUGGCCACGACCACCGUCUGACGGGACGCCAGAGAGUCCAAUCAAACGCCAAACAAAGCUCCGGGAAAUCGGACAACAUAGACAUUUUCAAAUAAUCUGGAUUUUGUCCAAGAAGGUCAUGAGUUUACAGAGUUUCGGCUCUACAGGUGCGGUUGCAGGUUCAACUCUGAAUCCUUGUAAAACCAGUCAAAGUAAAGACACUUUGGUAAAACAUUAA